GGAGCUUUUCCCUAGCGUCUCCAAUCCCUGCGGCGGCUGCCCUUGAGGCCCGACUGUAGGAUGGCGGAGAGACGCUUCAGCCUGUGCAGGUUUCUCAGGAAGAAGAAGAAGGAAGGCCCUGAGACUGCCCCUGCACAGCAGCCUGAGGAGGUGGAGCAGCCCCAGCCCCUGCAGGAGGAUCCAGGACGGGACCGGACACAAGAACAGGACCGUGCCCGUGGCCGCUUCCGCAGGGCAGCACAGAUGGUUUGCCAAUUCAGCAGGUGCAUUUGGAGGGAAGAGACCAUCGCCAUGGGUGCUGGGGGCAUGGCAAGCUCUGACCUCUGCAAUGCCGAGACCAGCGCUGCCCUGCUGGAUUUGCUUGUGGAGAAUGGUGUCUCCAGUGCCGAGAAAGUGCCAGCCUUCGUCAGGUACAUCCACCGGUGGCUCACGGCCAAUGUGUGUGCUGAGCGCAGACUGGACAGGACUCUUCUGGCUCUGGUCGAGGCGCACCCCGUGGAUGUGGUGGUGACUCUGCUGCGCUCUGCCCCAUGCUGUGACAGAGCUGCUGUGAGCAUGUGGAGAGCAAUCAUCUCCUUGAGAACUACUGCAGAGUCGGUGCUGACGAUCCUUGCCCUCGUCCUGGGAAGCUGGCCAGCCUGCAGCAUGCGCACCUCGGAUGGGGACGAAGCGGAAGUCUUUGCCCUGGCUGCAACCGUGGCACUCUGGAAGAUCCUCCAUCUGCUCUGCUGCACACGGGCAGUGAGGGAGUGUUUCCCCAACCUCUUUGUGCAUCUGCUCUUCCAAGUGUUCUUCAGCACAGUGCAGAUGCCGGAGGAGGUUGACACCCUGUGGAGGGAGUGCCGGAAGCAACACAGCCUUCCCACCAAGCCCAACAGGUUUGCAGUGCUGACCCUCAAAGCCCUGCUGCACCGUCUGCGCUGCGAGAGCGUGGUGGUGGCACUGGAGCGCAAGUGUGGCUGGGACACGCUCCUCAACGCCGACACCCACCACUACGCAGUGGGUCUGCUGGCCAGGGAGAUGGGCUCUUUCUGCACCCCCUGGUGUUGCAGCAUUGUGUGCUGCCUCCUGGAGCUGCUCAGCGAGGAGAUGUGUCCCUGGGAGCUCCCUGCCAUGGUGUUCCUUGUGGAGGCCCUGGUCUACCUGGACGUGAGGGAGUGCGGCGAAAGCGUCCUGCAGAUCCUUUCAAGGCACCUGUGGAGCGAGUGCCCAGAGAUGCGCCGCCAAGUGCUGAGGGGCCUGGUGGUGCUCAGCCAGGAUGCCGUGACGGCCAAAAGAAUGGGCAGCCUGACUGAAAGCCUCGUGCAGCUCCUGUGGGACGCAGAUGGAGAGCUGGUCCAGAGGACUGUCAGCGUCCUCGGCUUUCUGCUCUCCAAUAAAGACAUCCAGCUCUCCAGCCCCACCGCCCUGCAGCUGGCUGAGGCGCUGCAGCCGCUCUUCGACAACGCUGACAGCAGUGUGCAACUGUCCUCCAUCCUCCUCUUCCGUGGGGUGAUGGUGACAGGGGAGAAAGAGGGAAAAAAGGCCCUGAAGCCACACGUGCGCCAGAGCCUGCUUCCACUCUUCUUCCACUGCCACGAUGAGAACCACAGAGUGGCAGAGGCCUCUGGGGAAGCGCUGCUUUGUGUGGCCAGCUUCCUGAAGAGAAAGGACCUGCAGAAGAUUGUGAAGAGGAAGGAGCUGUGGAUGUUCAGCGAGUGCCUGCUGCAAAAGGAGCGGAGUCGAGCGGCCGAGUACCUGCGCCAGGCUUUGCCGUACCUGGAGAGCCCACAGGAGCCCCUGCGAGAGGCGGCCAUCAGGUUCAUUGGGAUGGCCGGGAGGUACCUGCGGGGACAGCCCGAAGAGCUGCAGGACAUCAUCGAGAUUCUUCAGGGUCUGAGGAACGACACCAGCCCCGCCAUCUCAAGCCUGGCGCUUCAGAGCUACCGUGUGCUCGAAGCUGCUGAGAGAGCUGCAUCCCCCCAGGUGCAGCAGCCGCCAGACUGGCUGUGCGGGGCCUGCACGAGCUGUCCUGCUCUGCGGGGCAGUUUCUGGCUGUGCUGCCUGAGCUCUGGGGAGGCUUGAUGUGGGAAGCGGUGUCUGCUGGGGCCACGUGAGCCUGCGAGGAAGACCCCUGCUGUGGAAGCACUUCCCUCUAGUCCAGCAUAGGAAUAUAAAAUUCCUCUUGCCACACA